AUGAUCUCGUGGCUGAGUCGGCAUCGCCCUCGACGCCGCAAAGAGAGCGCGCCUAAACCCGAGCCGGCUGUGUCAACAACCCAUUCACCAGCUGUCUUUCGUAGAAAUCCACGAAGGAAAGACACGGAUGCGACUCUGGUGGAUGAUGACUCGUCGGAAUGUUCAUCUCCCCGCUCGUCGCGGUCCUUUUUCGACAAGCGCUCUGCAAGCCCCACGCUUUUCGACAGUCCGCCACCCAGCCCGUUGAACGAUCCCAAAGAGCUCCCCCAUUCCGAUGACCCUACCACAUGGAAGAAACUGGAGCAGCAAUCGCGUUUCUUUGGGCCUGUCACUAUUGGCAAUGAGCCACAAACACCAACUCCCCGUUCCCGACUUGGUAAACUAGCUUCAGCAACAGCCCACUCCAUCGGCGCCGUUCUCCAGGCCUCUGUCGUGAUUGGAGAAGCAUCGAACCUCCCGUACCUCAAGGGUCUGGCCGGAAUCAUCUUACUCGUCUCCAACACCGUUCAGGCGACAGAAGACAACAAGGAGGACUGCAUCCGACUGUCCAAGAUGGUGCUCGACAUCGCAACCAUCGCAGCUCGCGGACUGGAUGCUGAGCAGUACAACCAGGGUCUCCAAAGCGUCGACAGAGCUUGCGACCGAAUACGACAGGCUCUCGAUAGGAGCAGCAAGCGAUCCUACGCGCGACGAUUUCUCGAGUCAAUCAACGAGCGUGAACUGCUAGUACAGUGCGAGAAGGAGCUCCAGCACUGUCUCGAUGUAUUCCAGGUCCGCUUCCACAUAUCUGCGGCCGCGGCUGUGUCGAGGCGAGAGACGCUCGACGAGAAGUUUCUUAAUGAUGUCGAAGAAGUUGUUAGGCCAGUCAAGGACGUGCUCAACGAGCAAUCGGUGUGGGUAGACGAACCGGAAAGCAUCGCAACUGAGUUCGCUCACGAUAGCGCAGACCACAUCCCACCUGCAUCUCAAAUUUUCUACGGCCGUGAUGCGGAAUUGGCUACUCUUCUCGACCUCUUCGCGCCGUCUUCCAAUAACCCGUUCAAGGCGCCGUCUCUCUCGGCCACAAACGCGUUGCUUGGGCAGCCCGGGUCAGGAAAAACGGCGCUGGCGCUCCAGCUUGUUCAUCACCCGCGAAUAGUCGAGCGGUUUGCGCAACGACGGGCUUGGGUCGGAUGCGAAGGCGCUGCAUGUGCCGAGGACAUCGUCAAACGUCUGGCAAAUCAUCUCGGAAUCGACUCUCCUUCGAGAACUGCCGUUUUGAAUAGCCUGGGCCAGGGCGAGCGACCGUGGCUGGUGGUUUUCGACGAUCUCGAUGAUGCAUGGGACACAGAUUCUCCAGAACUGAAGCUCUCCGUCGAAGGGCUUAUCACGGAUAUCUCUACAUUGCCGCAAGUUUCGGUCGUCUUGACGCUAUGCGGGACACAACGGCCACUAGGGCCUGUCUACAGCAAGCCUCCAAUACCGCCGCUAGGCUCCAUUGACGCUUGUUCGGGCAGGGAGCUAUUCUACGAAAUAUCGGGACUCGACGGCGAGCCCCAAACUGACGAGUUGCUGGCGCUAGUCGGCUGCCAUCCAUUUGCGACGACAUUUCUUGCGCAGCAGGCGCAAUUUGAGCCAGUCGACUUCCUACUAGAGCGCUUCCGAGAGACGCCAAUUGUCGACGCCCUCGACACCCGCAUCCGAAAAACGCUCACCUCAUCACGCAUUGGAGAGUGUCCAGCAGCUCUGGAAGUGCUCCGAUUGCUUGUGCGAACCCAGCUCCAAACGGGGCCCGUGAAAAAAGCUGAGCUCGGAAAAGUUGUCGUUGCCGCCGGCCUGAACUUGCCCACCGCAAUGGUCAACAAGUGCCUGAGCGCCUUGCACAAGACGUGUUUGGUCGUCCUCGUCGAUGAGAGCACGGUGAAGGUGCCCGAGAUUGUGUGCAACCAUCUGGAAUGGUCUGCGUCCUGA